CGGAGCUCUUUACUCUGCUUUAGUUAAUGGCGGAUUACCCUUUCGUCGCUUCGAUUGGAGUGGAAUAAUCAGCGGCAAGGGAGCAACGGCCAUACCAUAGUGCUAUCUUCCCCUUCUUUCUCCUCCGCGAUUUUCUUUCUCUAGAUGGGUUCUCUGGAGAAGAACGCCUCGCUAAAGCGAACAUCGCUGCUUAACUCUGCGAGCCAAUGCCGUUCGUUCUUCCACCGACCGAGAUCCAGACUUGCCCGCUUCCUUUUUCUCGUGAGGGUGGACUUUCUCCAAUGGAUUCUCACUGCAGCGGCGUUUUUCUUCGUUGUCAUUAUCUUCCAGACUUUCCUUCCCGGCUCCGUUUCGGAUAAAUCUCAUGCCAGAAGUAUUGUUGACGGGAGUCACGAACCUUUACUGUUGGAUUUCCCGGAUUUGGAGUUCGGGGAGGGGAUACGGUUCGUGCCGGCCGAACUUCUGGAGAGGAUCGAGAAGGAGCGGAAAGAGGCGAAUUCUGCUUUAAUGGCGUUAGGAAGGCCACUGAAGCGGGCGGGGAUUAUAAAACCGCGACUGGCACUGAUAGUUGGAGGGCUUUCACCGGAUGCCAUGCAGCUGCAGAUGAUCAGCAUUGCUGCUGCUUUGAUGGAGAUGGGAUACGCGAUAGAGGUUUUCUCAUUCGAAGAUGGCCCUAUGUAUGCAGCCUGGAUACAGGCAGGAGUGCACUCAAUUGCCCUUCUGAAGCACAUGAAACGAGAAAUCAACAUAGAUUGGCUUGACUACAAUGGCAUACUUGUGAGUUCUGCUGAGGCCGGGCUUGUUCUUCCAUGUCUUUCGCAGGAGCCUUUCAAAUCUGUACCUGUCAUAUGGACCAUACAGGAUAGGUCUUUGGCUAUUCGUUUGAGUCAAUAUCUUAAAAAUGGUCAGACUGAACUUCUCAAUUAUUGGAAGCAAAAUUUUAACAGAGCUACUGUUGUAGUAUUCACAAACUACUUUUUACCGAUCAUGUAUUCAACAUUUGACAAUAGCAACUAUUUUGUUAUUCCAAGCUCUGCUGCUGAGGCCUGGAAAGCAGUUAGUUUUCUUGCCUCAAAGAAUGAGACUGAUUUCCGAGUUAAUAAGGGUUAUAAGUCGGAGUUCCUAAUUGCUGUAGUUGGCAGUCAAUUUGAAUACAGCGGUAUGUGGCUGGAGCGUGCACUUGUAUUACAAGGAUUGGCACCACUUGUCCUUGAAUUUUCUUAUGGCAAUUCUUUUUCUAGUUUCAAAGUUGGUGUAGUAACAGGGAACUCUAGUUGCGCAUUUAAGAUGGCUCUGAAGGCCAUCGUUCAAAACUUUGGUUACCCAAGGGGCAGUGUGCAUCAGAUAACUGACAAUGGUGAGUACAAUUUUCUUUGGACAGCGAACCUUGUGAUAUAUGGAUCAUUCCUUGAGGAGCAAACUUUUCCACCGGUUUUGUUGCAUGCUAUGAGUAUUGGAAAAUUGAUUGUUGCUCCUGACCUUGAAAUAGUUAAAAAAUAUGUUGUUGAUGGGGUGAAUGGUUUUCUUUACCAAAAGUAUAAGGUUAACAAGAUAGCACAGGUUUUACGUCAAGCAAUCUCAAGGGCAAAAUUAUUAUCCUCAGCCCAGCAAAUGGCAUGGUUAGGGAAGGCUAGAAAUCCAAUGGUCACUGAAACUAUUCAAGGCUAUUCAUGGUUACUGGACAAUAUUCUUAAGUUUCCAUCUGAAAUUUCUUCUCCUAAGGAAAUUUCUGACGUACCUUCAAAGUUGAAAGAAGAAUGGCAGUGGCAUCUGUUUGAGAAUCUAAUAGAGAUGAACCAUCAAAAUAAAACUAUUCAAAGCUAUCAAAUUUUUGAUGAGCUAGAAGAAGAGUGGAACCAAACACAAGCGAGUUAUAGUGUUUCUUUUGACUCGGGUUUGGAUGAACAGUUCUCCAGCAUAAACUGGGAAGAAGAGAAGAUAAUUCACAUUGAGAAUGCUAGAAAAAGGUUAGAAGAAGAAGAGUUGAAGGAAAGAAAUGAUCAGCCUCACGGAACAUGGGAGGAGGUCUAUCACAGUUCUAAAAGAGCUGACAGGGCUAAAAAUGAGUUGCAUGAAAGGGAUGGGAAGGAACUUGAGCGGACAGGUCAGCCUUUGUGUAUAUAUGAACCUUAUUUUGGUGAAGGAACAUGGCCUUUUCUGCAUAAUAGCUCACUAUACCGUGGAAUUGGCUUGUCCACCAAAUGGCGCAGACCUGGAGCUGAUGAUAUAGAUGCUAAUUCCCGUCUACCGAUUCUUGGUAAUUCUUAUUACCGAGAUGCCUUAAGUGAGUAUGGGGCGUUUUUAGCUAUAGCUAACCGCAUUGAUAGAAUACACAAGAAUGAUUGGAUUGGAUUCCAGUCGUGGAGAGCUGGUGCUAGAAAGGUAUG